AUGAGCAACCCUGCCAUCCGCGUGCUUGCGCCAUCCAAGAAAAACUCAUUUGAUGAGGCCAAGUGCCAAACACAAAUUGACGCUUUGUACGAAUGCUGCAAUGCCUUCUACCAAGAGCGAGGUGACCAGGCAUCUACCGUCAGCUGCCCUAAAGCAAAUUUGCUGCGGUUGAAGAUGAGACAACGAGCCCAAGCAGCAGAGAAGCAGUGA